UGGUCACAAUUCGCGUGCGUUCUACUGCUAUACUCUUAGGGAGCUCUGGCCAAGUACCACCUGUACAAUCUUCAGACAAGUGUUUGGGCGAAAUCGAAACUUGAAACAUAUGGUUCUUGGAGGAAACUUCAAAGCGAGCUCGCUAUUAAUUUGGGCUGCAAGUUCAGUUUCGCGGCUUAAGAACUCGCCCGUAAUUCGUGAUUUGGAGCAACCGGAAGUUGCUCGGAAGGGCUUGUGGGAAGUCGAGUUCAGUGACCUAAGGCUAAAGGAAAACCAAGAAAAGUGCUCCACCCCCCACGUAUUGGAAGCAAAGUUUAACACGAUUACCCAAGUGCGAGGUUUAUCUUUGAGCCGACGUGACGAUAGUUAGGCGCUUAGUUAGUCAGGAACUAACUACAAAGCUGAUGUAGGUCUGCGGCGGUGCCAUAAUUGAAUUAGUGGUUGUUUAAUAAAGCUUUUGCGGUUAUCCUAUCGGAAGGCAAGCCACCAUUGAGUGAAGUGUGUUGAUGACGUCUACCAGUUUGUCGGCACUUUUGCCGGGUAGCAGCGUUUUCCGAUAAAACGAUCAACCCUCAACAACACUGCCAUUCCAGCUUUGAUUCCCAAAAGAGGGUGGAUAAAUCCAAUAUUAUUUGAUGUGCGCCAGUGUCAUUGAAUCGUAAAACGAUUACCGUCGAAACAUAGAAAAGAGAGAAAUUCGUUACAGUGCUCAAUUCGGUGGAUAACAUUACCCACCCCCUAACAAAAAUAGAAAAGAAAAUUGACGUGUUUUGUGUGAUCACAAGUGAAAGUGGAUUCCGACGCGGACCGGAAGCAGCCCCAGCAAACCCCGUCGGAAUGUCGUAAAUCCAGUGCCUCGCCGGAAGUUGUGGUGGAAAACGCAGCAUCGCCAGCACUGCCAAAAGCCACUUUUGCAAUUGCACAGCUUAAAUCGCACAGACGGACACUUUGCACCACUACGACCACAGUCACGACCACCACCACCAGCAGCAACAACAGUUCGGAGGGCACCGCUAGUUCCACCACCAGUUCGCAGCUUGUUCAAAGUUCAAAGGGAAUAUGCACACUGAGGGUGAAGAUAUUCCUCAUCAAGCAUCUGUCUAAGCUAGUCGCGUGCAACAAGAAGAUGUUCCUACCGGUCAAGUCGAACACAUCUCCAGUAGCCACCGAGGGAACCGCCAGCAACGGCGAGGAUGUCACCACUGUAACCAGCAACUCGACGCAGACCCCGAGCGACCUGAGCCCACCGAACAUGUCCGGCGACGACAUCCUGCCCCAGGCCCACCACCAGAACCCGGGCCACUGUAUAGCGUCCUUUUCGGCCAUCAACCGCAUGCGGCAGAACGCCCAGCUCUGCGACGUCACGCUGGAAGUCGGAGGUGAAACCAUAAAUGCACAUAAGGUCAUCCUGGCGUCGGUUUCGCCCUAUUUCUAUGCAAUGUUCAACGACGACAUGCUGGAACGGAACCGGGAUGUUGUCACGCUGCACGACAUCGAUCCUUCGUCACUCAAGCAACUCAUCGAUUAUGCCUACAGCGGGGAAAUCACCAUCACCGAGGAAAAUGUUCAGGUCCUGCUUCCAGCAUCCAGCCUACUCCAGGUUCAAUCGGUUCGAGAAGCUUGCUGCAAGUUUUUACUCCGCCAGCUACAUCCUUCCAACUGCCUGGGGAUUCGAAGUUUCGCAGAUGCCCACUCGUGCAAGGAACUUCACUCCCGGUCCCACCGCUAUGCGCUGCAAAACUUUCAACAAGUUGUCGGCACGGAGGAAUUUUUACUGCUGGGAUUUAACGAGGUCCAAGAUCUCAUCUCCAACAGCCAGCUAAACAUCUGCUCCGAAGAAAAGGUCUUCGUGGCGGUCCUAAACUGGGUCAAGCACGACAUCGCCGAGCGCAAGAAAAACAUCUCCGAGCUCAUGUCCCACGUCCGGCUGCCCCUGGUCAACCGCGAGUUCCUGAUGAGCUGCGUCGAAACGGAACCCAUGGUCCGGGAGGACCCCCACUGCAAGGAACUGCUUCUGGAGGCGAUGAAGUACCACCUCCUCCCGGAACAGCGCAGUUCGCUGGUCAGCCAGCGCACGUUGGAACGACGACCCGAAGGGAUGCGACAGUACAUCUUUGCCGUGGGGGGUGGGAGUUUGUUCGCGAUCCACAACGAGUGCGAGUGCUACAACCCAAAGACGAACGCCUGGAUGACCAUUUCGCCGAUGACUUCGAGGAGGUCGAGGGCGGGGGUAACGGCGUUGAGGAAGUUGCUGUACGUCGUUGGAGGGUAUGAUGGGGAGAACGACUUGGCUUCGGCGGAGUGCUACAAUCCGUUGACUAACGAGUGGUGCAACAUUACGCCGAUGGGAACGAAGCGGUCCUGUCUGGGGACGUGUGCCUUCGACGGGUUGUUGUACGUUUGUGGAGGUUAUGACGGAGCGUCUUGCUUGGCAAGCGUUGAACGGUACGACCCGUUGACGGCGGUGUGGACGUCCUGUCCGGCGAUGAACACCAGGAGGCGGUACUGUAGAGUAGCGGUUUUGGACAACUGUAUCUACGCCCUCGGGGGAUUCGACUCCAGCAACUACCAGUCUUCGGUGGAGCGUUUUGACCCGCGAGUUGGCAGCUGGUCAGCGGUUCCGAGCAUGACUUCGCGGCGCAGUAGCUGCGGAGUGGCGGCCCUCGACGGGUACCUGUACUGUAUCGGGGGUAGCGACGGAACCAUGUGCAUGCAGACCGGUGAACGGUUCAACCUGCGAACCAACAGCUGGGAACCGAUCAGUCCGAUGCACUCACGAAGAUCUACCCACGAGGUCGUUGAGGCCAACGGGUAUCUGUACGCGCUCGGUGGUAACGACGGGUCGUCCUCGCUGAACUCCGUUGAACGGUACGAACCCAAGCUCAACAAGUGGACCAUCGUGACGUCGAUGCUGACGAGGCGCAGCUCAAUCGGGGCUUCGGUUCUGGAGUGUUUCAACCUGGAGCGGGGUCUGCUCCAGACGAGCAUUUGACCGCUAGUUCCGGUGCUAGCAACAACGGUCCACGGAGGUGACGGACAGACGACCAGCUCCAACGGUAGCGGGUCGCAGUAGAAUCUCGUAACAGUCGCGUAAUUUGUAGUAGAUAAAAUUCGUUCAAUUUGAUAGCUAGCCAAAGACGUAGAACUGUAGAUGUCGCCAUCGUCGUGCUUCUUUUGGGUUCAACACUAGUCUGUGUGUAGGAGGAUAAUCUAUUUCCAUUGUUUACGGAGGUUUCAACAAUUUUUCAAGUAUUUUUUGCAUCAUUUGCUUUAAAAGUGAGUUCGAGAAUAUCCGUGCUAAAUCCUAUCAGCAAUUUUUUUAAAAUCGAUUUGACACUUGAAAUGGCGCUAACGCCACUUUUAAACAACAAUCAAAAAAUCAUCAAAGUGGCGGCAGAUUAAAAAAGAACAGUUGUUCGAAAGUUCGGUUUUGUUGUCAUCGGUUCGGACCUGCUCUUUCGUCCCAAAAUGGCUUUACCGUGAUUGUCAAGUCAAUUUUGACAGUUUGAAUGGGCGUUAGCGGUUUUUUUCCGAUUUUGAUAGAUUCACAUGUAAACCCGUUUUGACCGAAAUGUCUGAUUCAUUCGAUACUUUUUAAACUACGAUAUCUUUCCUUAAUUUUCCUAGCUUGAGACACAUCUGGUCAUAUUGGUGUCACCAUUUGAUCUGCUCUAUUCUGUUACUUGGUCGCAAACGUAUCAUGUUACAUUACGAAUGUCUAUUUUUAAUUCCGACAACUUUCGGGAGUACUCUGCAAACCUACUUUCACGUGGUCUUGAGCUCUAUUAAAACAACUUCUUCAUCAUUACUUGGUCUGAUGAGAAAAUUUUUGAUUCCAUUUUGUAGUAAACACAACUGUUCGAUAGCGCAAUCGUUUCACAAAUGACGUCUCAGCCCUUCAGAAUUGAAGUUGUCGCUCCGGCGUCCCUUCGUUUUUCGUCGUUGGAGUUUCGCGAUCAAAGAAGCCCGUUGUUCUUCGAUAUUGUUCAAAUUUAUUUACACAUUCAUUCAACUGAUCCGUGCUAAAUCCUGUCAGCAAAUUUUUUAAAAUCGAUUUGACACUAACGCCACUUUUAAACAACAAUAAAAAAAAAAUCAUCGAAGUGGCGGCAGAUUAAAAAAGAACAGUUGUUCGAAAGUUCUGUUUUGUUGUCAUCGACUCGGACCUGCUCUUGCGUCCCAAAAUGGCGUUAGCAUAAGUGUCAAAUCGAUUUUGACGCGUUAGCGCAUGCGUUUCUGGCAUCUUUUUAAAAACAUUGAAAACGACAAAAUUUGGUUAUUUCGCCCACUGAUUCCGAUUCCACGUAAAAUUCAAGAUUGAUAACAAAAUGUUGUUUUUUUUUAAUUAUCGACAGGUAGCAAAAUAAAGUCUCUUUCAAUAUUUGUUCUUUAUUAUUUUAAUUCAUAAUUCGACGCAAACAGUUAGGUUUUAAAAGCUAUGGUCUUAGAAAUCGAUAUGAAAUUAUGCAAAUAGACUAAAUAAUAUCGUUUAAAAUAGAUUGUACCAGCGCAGCAACAUAGUAUAAGCCUAACUAAUUGUACUAAUCAACAAUAAUUCUUCCCCCUACAAGAAAAGUACCAGAAGCUUUGGCUAGAACCUUCACUCAACACUAUCACUCUGACUACAAUCCAUCUCCAGCUCCUGUAUAUUUCUCAUUACUAUCUGUGAUAUUCCACACUUGGCGCUAUCAAAACUCACACAAAACUCUUAAAAUCCUGCAUUUUCCAAACCCACCUUGCCCGUGCAAUCAAUGCUCAUCGAUGUGCUUUUUCCUCACCCUCUUGAUCUGUGAAUGUGAAAAUCUACCUACCUUCAAUGCCUAGAAUAAUAACGGAAAUUUCAAAAAAGGAAAGCCUUACAGUCUUGAA